AUGGCAUACCGUGUGCUAGGCUCGCCGUAUGCAUUGGUGCUCCACCAGCAUGUGACAUACCUGCGCUUGCGUCGUCAGCCCUUCAAGGUUUACUGUCGGACGUUGACCACAACUUUGUUUUAUGCUCUGCUAUUCCGCGCCCGUAAUGCCUUUUGCACGGUCGCGCCUGAUGGCAAGUCGCACCUGCAGAUGUGGCAGCUAGUAGAUGCGGUGGAGCGGUCUGGUAUACAAGGCGUGGAAGAUCCGUUUCUCGUAAAGAAACGUACGCAUCCAAAUAUUCAUCUGGCAACGUGGAGUAUUUUUGUGUACGCGUCGUGGUGGCUAGCAAAGACAGGGGCGAUGUAUCGUUGGGUCGAUGGUGAAAGCAUUGAGGUUGUGGAGGGUUAUUUUCGCUAUUUCCUCCUUAUUCCGGGCAUUGGUGUGCCGCGAGCCAUAGUGAGACAGUUCCGACAGGCGAUGCAGAGACUGACUUCUGUCACGGGGGUGUCAAAGGAGACGGCGCCGUACAUGCAUGAACAUUUCCAGCGUCUCUGUGGCGCUCUGGAGGAGCAUUUCCAGCAGCAUUCAGAAACGAUGUUUCUUCUUGGGACGCCACACCCCACGCUGGCGGACGUUUCCAUGGGAGCAGCGUUUUCCGCCAACUUCUUGAUGGAUGACCCGCCCGCAUCCUUCGUCGUGCAGAAGUUCCCCCAUCUAAACCGCUACCUGGAGCGAGUGACAGGGUGGCGUGGGGGCUUCUUUUUUGGGGCGGAGCACACAGAAGAAAUGAAUGAGUGGGUAAGCAAAGCAUCAGGCGGCUACGCGGACGUAAUCCCCGAGUCACUGUCGACUUUUUUUCAACUAAUUGAAGAGGUGAUGCCCUUUAUGCUGUCGCAGUGCGCGGCAUUUCAUGCCUUCAUGGCGGGUGAUGGGGUGCGGCAGCUAAAAAGGGAGCCAUUGGAGGGGCCGUGGAAGGGAUGCAGCGGAUAUCUUGUUCCACAGGUGACGGAAAUUAAAUCCCUCAUGAUUAUUGACAAUGGCGUGUACACCGUGAGGGCGCGUGCACAAGACCUUGAGGUGGCGUUGUUGGCUGCCCGGGAGGUGGUAGAUGAUGAUUUUAACACUGAUGAUGAAGGUUUGGGUGAAGUUGCGGAAGCGAGUAUACAGAAGAUGACUUCUGCAAGCUCCAAUUUGACACAUGAAACAUUGCGGCCAGAAGCGGGAUCGAAAACACGUGCGGUUGUGUCGUCAGACACAUCGGUCGACAACAACGUUGCCGCGGAAAUGGAUGCGGGUGACUCGCUAGCGGAGGAUGCAGAUUUUCACCGCGUCUUCACCAAAUCCAAUUAUCGUCAACGUGGUGUCCUUCCAAUGAGACGAGGCACGAGUAACUUAAGUUCUAUUGCUGUGGAUUCCCGCCUCGAUGCACUUCGAACAAUGUUGUACAAGAUGCAUCAUCCACACUACACACUCUCCAGCGUCUUUCAUGGUCGAAAGAUGUUUGUGGCUAUCAUACCUGAAUACGAGGUGGACCGAAAGCGGAAGGAAACAAAAAGUGGCGUCGUGUAG